AUGGCUACGGAAAGUCCCGUGCCCACUGGCUUGGUGGCCGCCGCCACGGCAGUCUCGCGAUUCAACGAGGUGCCAGCGCCUGAUGUGCCACCACCCAAGAUCGACAAGCAGCUGGCCACACCUCCCAAAGAGCCCGCCAGCCGUCGCCGAGCGCGUUCCACGGCGCCGCAAGCUGCAGCACAAGCUGAGGAGCACCGGAGUUCCUUGCCUUCCAGCCUGAUCCCUGCGCAUGUUCGUGCCAUGUUGGCCAAGCCCCGCAGUCGCUCCCUGGAGCCCAUCGUCUCCGCGCUACCAGUGCCGGCAGUGCCCAAGGAGCUGGUGGAGAUCAGUUCGGAGGACCCUGGUGAGAUGCUGCUGACUAAAGAGAGCAUCAAAGAGGAAGAUCCGGGCUUCGACUACGAGCUGCGGCAGUUCCGGCAGCGGCAGGAGAUGGAGCGCAGCGCCAAGAGUGCCUGGCAGGCGGCACAGCGCUUGGCAGAGGAGGCUGAGAAGCAGAGGUCGGAGAUGAGGGAGAAGACCACCGCGGCUGAGAGGCGCAGCAUUGAGGUGGAGAGUGCCUUGCAGCAACUCCGCCAAGCCGUCGCACAGGUGGAGCAACGUGCUGCUGAUCGGGCAGUCAAGUUGCAGCAGCAGCGGGAGGCUGCAGAAGCCAAGGCCCAGCAGAACGAAGCUGAUUUGAAGGAGGAUUCCCGAAAAAUCGAGCUGCUUCACGAAGAGGGUGCCAAAAGGUUGGAGUUAUUGGAGGAGGAGCUGGCCGAGAAGCUGAAAGAUGAGGAGAUUCCUUUGAUUAGUGCAGAGGAGGCCUUCAAGGAGCAGUUGGCCAGGACCAAGUCCAAGAUCCAAGGCAAGGUCUUGCAACUGGAAAGGAAGGCCGCAGCGGAGAGGCGAGCCGUGGAGUCUGAGGCUGUGGCCCAACGUGCUGUGGCACCACAGUUGGCUGCCCUGAAG